UAGUGAGAGUUGAAUUCUGAUAAUCAGCGCAUGAGACACUUUUUUGCUGAUACCAUGGUGACAUUUGCAUAUAUGCAUCAAUCUACACGUGUGUGUAUGCAUAUUAUAUAUGUAUAUGUGUAUUUAUACACAUAUGCAUACAUAUCAUGUACAGGCAAAGAUGCAAAACAAAGUGAGCGUGUGCAUAGAUAUGUAUAGGAAAUGGAAUGUAGUGUUCUGGGUGUAGCUUAUUCACCUCUGCUUAUAUGCUCAUAUUGUCAUACGUGCAUUAAGGUUAAAUUUUGUUACUGAUUGCAAGGGAAUAUCUUUGAAACUCUGAAUUUGCCAGGUACAGUUCAAAGCCACGUAUUUGAGAUUUUUGAGGGCCGAUUUUCUGUUAUAUUUUAAAAUUUCUUUGUUGUUACUAGCAAUAAAAGUUGUUUAAUAGUCCAAAUUCUGUAAACAACCUGCUAUAUUGCUGAAUAAUGUUACAGAGAGAAGUGUUGAAUUCUAGAGGGGCAACCCUCUCUUUUGUUCUGUACUUUAGUUGCUGCCUCUGAUGCUAAGCGAAUUUUGUUCUGAUUUUAGGCUUCUGAAGAGCUUAGCUUUUUUGCAGCUAGCACUGAUUUUAGGCACUGGAGAAAGAAGAUAGUGAAGAUGGAAAUAAUUCUGAUUCUAGCAGUUAUUCUAAUGAUAAUGAGGACGAAAGGCCGGAGAGCAAAUCUAUCACCACCUCUUGGCCUCAAAUUUACAGGUGGUAUCAUCUUAUCGCACAUAUCUAUAUUUGUUUCUUUCUACAUCUAGCUAUGGUGUUCUCUACGUUUGUUCUGUUCUUGUUCUGCAGAUUCUGUAUUUAGCAGUGAAGCACUUGGUUUCUUGAAAGCUGUUAUAUUUAUAUGGCAGUCCAUCGAUUUAUACAGCAGUGUACCAUCUCCAAGUCUUAACUUCCUGGGACGCCUACGUUAUCACGUUUAGGCAGCUCAUUUAUCUCUUCUUCAUUAACAAGAAGAUACACUCCUGAAGUACUCCCUUCUUCGCAAAAACCUCUAUUACCACCAGUAGCAAAUGCACGGCAGCCACCAGAAAGGCGUAGUUCACUUUAAAUUUACACAAGCAGUAUGAGCCUGUCUAUGGUGAAUCAGAUGGCUUCUAUUAGCGAUGUCUUUUUCAUGUCUGCAAGAUAACAGUAUCUUUGCAUGGCUGAUUAACUGUUUGAAAGCUGAAUUUUGGUUUUCAGAAGGCCACAGCCAAAAGCUAAUUUGUGUUGCUGAGGCUCUGCCCCUUGGUGAUGCAUCUGUGGAUGCUGUAGUGGCCACACUUGUCCUAUGUUCUGUCAAAGAUGUUGACUUGGCGCUGCAAGAGAUUAUGAGGGUGCUAAAGCCAGGUGGGCUCUGUGUGUUUGUGGAACACGUAGCAGCAGAAGAUGGAACAAUUCGGAGAUUUUUCCAAGGGAUUCUUGAUCCUUUGCAGCAGUUUGUUGCUGAUGGCUGUCACUUCACUAGAAAAACUGGAGAAGUUAUUGCUAAAGCGGUCUUCUCAUCUGUUGAACUUCAGCGGGCAUUUGUGUCUUCUGCCUCAAUAGCAAAUCCUCAGGUUUAUGGGAUAGCUCGCAAGUAGCCUAGAUUAAUGUUAUGCCACAUAAAAUAUUCCUGCUGCAAACCUUGGAAUAAUUAUUUGAAUACUGAGUGUGUCUAGUGUAUUUGGAUAGAGUAUCAUUUGAAAUAUUAUUUAAAAUAAUUAAUGUAGCACUUUUUGUGAUGUGAUGUAUGUGAGAUAAAAAUUAAUU